CUCGGCCCACCUGUUGAAUCCCGGCUGCUGUUAGGAUCCACACCAGGAGCCAACUCAUCACUGGUGCCGAACAGCAAAUGCAUUGAAUCCAGAAAGAGUCCGCUGUCUACAGGCUCCACGCGCCGCUCUCCGCAGGAAGUGAGUUUGCAGUAUGAUGCAGUGCUGUCCCUGCAGUCUGUGACAGGUCAUCGCUGUAAACUCUUAAGAAGAUGGUACUUCUGUAGCACUACACUCUGCUACUGCCACCAUGUCUUGUUUGGGCCUUCAUCUCUCUCAGCACUGUUGAUGCCAUCACAGCAGGCAAGCUAACACUCCUACAGGCUGGAAGAUGGGGAAUAUGAUGCGAGGUGCGAUUGCCAAAAACGACAAGGUCAACCCAGAUAAUGAUGACAGCUCUCUGAAGGGUUCGGAGGACGACGUGGUGGUGGUGCUUCAGGACUACCCGUCUGCUGAAAUCAGCAAGCCCAUUUACAAGAUGGGAGAGAAGCUCAGACUUAUUGCUCAGGAGGCCUAUUGGUGGAGAGUCCGCUCCGUCCAAACAGGGAAGGAGAACUAUAUACCCAACAGCCACGUCGCAAAAGUGUAUCAUGGUUGGCUGUUUGAGGGAGUGGGGAGGCAGAAGGCCGAGGAGCUGCUCUGUCUACCCGGGAACAGACAGGGCUCGUUUCUGGUUCGAGAGAGCAGCAGGGAGAGAGGUCUGUAUUCGCUGUCGGUGAAGCACAUGAUCGUAAAGCACUAUCGCAUCUUCAGACUGGACAACAGCUGGUACUAUAUCUCCCCUCGCCUCACUUUCCAGUGCCUUGAAGAUAUGAUCAACCACUACUCUGACUUUGCAGAUGGCCUGUGUUGUGCCUUAACCUCCCCCUGUCUGUCGAGCACAAUCCCACCAUCAGAUGCAACGCUUGACGGGCCACCUGUAGUCAUGAGACGCAACUUUGACUGGAAGAAAGUGGACAGGAGACAGCUGGUCAGCACAGAGAGCUGUGAUGACAACAUGGUGAGCUAUGGAGUCAGGAACAGCAUCGCUGCAUACCUGUCCUUUUCUAGGAAUCAGCAGCCCACGCAGAUGGGAGCAGAGAGCAGGAAGAAGAAAAGUAAAUCUCUUUAUGUGCUCCCUGAGAGCAGCCUCACAAACACGGACUAUGAUGAUGACUUCUAGAGAUGGCAGAGGGAUUCAAAAGACUGGAAUACCUGCAGGUGGAGGGCAAAAGUCUGAAUGUCUGCAGUGGCUGGCACUGAAGCAUCCCCAAACAUUGAAGUGUGUUAUAAUUUCUAAUGUGAGCACUAUGAAGUACUUUAACAAUAACUUGAAUGCAUGACCACUUACACGUUGACUCAACUUAUGAAGAGGGACUAUAUGGAGUUGAAAUGGACGACGGUGCAAUUGAACUGUGAAGUGUGUUCAGUUAAUACUGAGCAAGAAAAAUGACCAGCCUGGCAUUAUGAAGGUUAAAAAGGAGACUUGAAUGCUGUAUGUGUUGUUGUAAUAUUAAUGUGAGUAUGAGCAUUAGUGGCUUUCAAACUAAUUCCUGCUUCUUAAUAAAUGUCAGAAGGUGAAAUGGAUUGUGAAACCAGCUUGACACCAACAUACAGUGAUUUUGUUUUUUUUGUUUUUUUUUAAAAUUUUUUACCACAUUUAUUUUUUACUUCAUUUGUUCCCAAUUUAUAUGGAAAACAUAUUUCAAACAGUGACAAAUCCAGCAGAUAUGGAGAAACAUUAGCAAUAAUUUGGAGUAGCGUUUCGACCUUUUUUGCGACUCCUGUGAUUUGAGUAUUUUCAGGGGCCUGAAGAGAUGAAGCAGUCCAUUACUAACCCAAAAAGCCAAGAUAGAUAGAAAAGUUGGAAAAUUUGAAAUAUUCAUAUAGAUUAUUAUUCAUACACAGGCAAAGCUCUCGCAACCCCUUUGGUUCUACCUACUGACUCUGCUGUGUUUCUGCUCACAUUGUCAGACAUAUGUAUCAUUCUUUACUCUCGUGACUUAUGACUCAGAUGCAGCAGCAAAGAGCAGAAAGCUACAGAUAACGACGAAUGCUGCUCUCUUUACUUAGACCCAAGUUUAUGUUUUCACAUACAGUCUGCUCUUUGGGGUUAGUGGUUAUUAACAUUCAAGGUCAAGCUCUUGACUACAGAAGAGGAAGUUGGUUUUAGGUUUUUCUGGCACUAAUGAUUCAGCCGUGUUGAUAAAUGUCUACUGUUUGCAUGCCUUUAAUAAAGAUAUGCUGUCAUUUA